AUGUCUGCAGAAAAAACUGCAGCAUCGAAACCAACGGUGGAAUAUGAAGGCUUCGCAAGGUUCCUCUAUAAUCUGGUGUCGUUUAUGCAAGGCUACGACCAGCAGAUUUUGUCUAUGUGUAUGCGAGCAUUCGAGGCGACGUUGGGUUUUUCGCAGUCCCAGUUGUCAACUAUGGCAACGGUUUCUAAAAUGUCACGUUUGGGGUGUUGCCUAAUUUGGGGUAUUUUGGCAGACACGUCCCAACCACAUCAUCUGCUCGCUGCAGGAUUGUUGGUUCUCGGAAUGGCCUCUAUUCUUGUAAGCUUGGUUUCACAUUACAAAGCGAUUCUGCUAUUGCGCUUCUUGCACGGCUUUGGAUUCGCAUCCAUCUACCCUGUUCAUCAGAAAAUUGUUGCAACCAUGAAAAACAGCGGGAAUUCGAGCCUGAUUUUCGGUAUAUUGCAAGGGUUGAGCAGUUUGGGGCGUGUGUUUUGCGCUAUGGUCACUACGUUGGUUGCUCAGAAGGUUUUGCUCGGAUAUAUUGGGUGGCGCACCUCUUACGUUGUCUUGGGCUACGUAUGGAUUCUGAUGGCCAUUGCCAUUUUAUUCGGAAUGCAAGGUAGACCAAACAAAGAUGCUGAUGGUGGCAGCAGUUCCACAUCUUCGACUAUUUCUCCCACACCGCCGAGUGAUUCUCCCAAAUCGCCCACCAGUUCUAGUGAACUUAUCGCAAGGGUAUUUAGUGAAGUUCUUACGAAGCCUACACCUCUUAUUCUUAUUGUUACCGUGUUCAUCUCUGAGUCGCUGAUGUGCGCAUUUUCGUAUAUGAGCAUUUAUCUGCAAUACACGGGAGUAUCUAAGGUAAUGUCGGGAUUCGCAGUCUCAGUUACACUCAUCGGCGCUGCUGUAGGUGCUGGAUGUGGCGGUUUGGUUGUGAAAACCAUUGGGGAAUCGUACGAGGAUUACGGCAUUCUUAGUUGUGGAACCGUUGUGAUGGUCGUACGAUAUGUUGCGUGUUUGUUGUUCUUUUUAGGCCCGAAGCCAAACGGGCGUUUGCUUUGGUAUCAUUAUGCGGAGUUGGUAGCUCUUGGGACUACUCUUUUGACUAUUGGCGCUGUAGACAGGACACUUGUAAAGAAUUCGAUAGAACCUGAUCUUCAAGCCACCGCAUCCGCUACUAUUCGAACCAUAGCAGGCAUUGGGAGUAGUGUAAUUUUAUACCAAGUUUCUGCGUAUUUGUCUGAGAAAGUGUUCGGCUACGUUCCAUCCAAAGCGUCUUUUGAAACCAUGGAUGCCGUUAUUAAAGAAACGAAUGCCAAUGCAUUACGGAAAUCAAUGAUGUACAUUAUUGCAACAGGCGCGACAAUCAAUCUUGUUUGCUACGCUGCGUUGUUUUUCACGUACCCGAGCGAAAAAGUUAAACCCAAAGAAGCGGAAAAUAAACAAGCAACAUAA